AUGGUAGGUAGCAUCCUUCUUCAUCUAUUUACUUCUGAAGCAUUUUCUUUAAACAUUGAUGUUUAUAAGAGUGGGAAGUGGAUUGCAGUAGCUAUUUCGUCCCACAAAACGUUCAGGAUUAAGCGAUUCCUUGCUAAGAAACAGAAACAAAAUAGGCCCAUUCCCCAGUGGAUUCGCAUGAAAACUGGUAAUAAAAUCAGGUAUAAUUCCAAGAGGAGGCACUGGAGGAGGACCAAGCUGGGCUUGUAAUCUUUUUCGCUAGCUACAGAUCUCAACGCCACCACCAGAGAUGUUUGCAGCAUCAAUUCAAGUCAUAGACUUGGAGUCAGAUGCUGUUCAGCAGAUGCUUACUUCUGCUGUGUUUUCUAAGUUGUCCUGCUAUGCAGAGCAAAUAAAUGUGGAAUUAUUGUAGAAAGUGAA